UGGUUGACUUCAGGAAGAACAAAUCAAAAAAUUAAUAAUUCUGUUUGCACGUUGGCACCACUUGUAAUGCAGCAAUAUGGAGGACUGACUGACUGACAGUCCUGUCAGUUUUGUGGUGUUGUGUCAAUAUUUGGUGGUGAUUGGGUGAUAUUUUAAUUGUAAACGAAAAAAUUGUUUUGUACAUUUUUAUCAUAAAUGACGUCUGGCAAGGACACAAUGGGUGAACAACCUAUUUUUACAUGUAAAGCCCACGUUUUUCACAUUGAUCCGAAGACAAAACGGUCAUGGAUGCCGGCAUCUAGUUCAGCAGUCAGUGUUUCAUUUUUUUACGAUUCCUCACGAAGUCUAUACAGAAUCAUCAGUGUUGAAGGCCAGAAAGCUGUUAUAAAUAGUACAGUUACCCCAAAUAUGACCUUUACAAAGACGUCGCAAAAAUUUGGACAAUGGUCAGACGUGAGAGCCAACACUGUAUAUGGAUUGGGCUUUUCUUCAGAGACUGAACUUCAAAAGUUUAUUGACAAAUUCAAUGAGGUGAAAGAAGCUACUAGAUCAGCUAUAAGUAAAGUCACUGCCAACGGUGGUUCAGCUGUAACACCUGUUACAAGCGCGAAUGCCAGUCCUAUUACCGCGAGAGCAGCCAAUGCCACCCCAGAUCAAUCAGAUAAUCUACUCGAACCUCCUGGUUUGUCAUCAUUGACUAGAUUUUGCAACAAUUUUUCAUAUUUUUAUGUAGGAAGUGCCGUAACUACAUCUACACCUAGUGUUAAGUCGGACGACGACAUCCCCCAUCCCCGAAGUCACUCAAUUUCCACACUGCAAAGUAACGAAAGCCCCAGUCAUCAAAUUAAACCGGAUAAAACACAAUAUGGAAAUGCCCCAACGAAUCCAAUCGAUAUGCAGCUGAAAUACGAGAAUGACAGACUCAAGUUGGCAUUAGCACAAAGUUCUGCCAAUGCGAAAAAAUGGGAAAUCGAAUUGGCCACGUUGAAAAGCAACAAUGCUAGACUAACAAGUGCACUUCAAGAAAGCACGGCGAACGUCGAUGAAUGGAAACGACAAUUGGCAAGUCUUAAAGAAGAAAAUAUGAGAAUGAAAGCGAAAUAUCAAGCAGAUUUGGAAAACAGUAAAGGUGGUGGCGACAUUGCUGACGAGCUACGCCAAGAAAUCCAGUCUUUGCGAAUUCGAUUAGAGCAGCUGGAGGCCGAGUUGGAUGCCAAAAAUAACGAAUUCAAGCAACUGUCAGCGUUUCAGAAACCGUCGGAUAUCCAGGGGUUGCAGAAAGAAAACCAAGAGCUUCAAGCGACCGCAAAAUUGGCACAGUCUGAAUUGGACAUUGCUCUCAGCGCACAUGAAUCUCAGCGACAAAUCCUUCUGACGUUGAAUUCGCAAUUGGCGUCUCGAGUACAAGAAUUAGCAACGAUCCACGACGAAAUCACCACCGCUUUGCAGACGUGAGAGCUUGGAAACAGAUAGCAUCGUAAUGUACGCGAACGCAUUUAUAUUGCAUAUGUAUAGGGUCCGUGUAAUAUCUUGCUUAGGUCUAUAACUAUGAAUGUCUCGAAAAAUUAUAAUAUUCAUAACGUACGUACUAUCGGUUACAAAUUUUAUAAGUAUUGUUUUAUUAUUUAUUUACAAAGUGCCACAGCACAAUCUAAGUUGUCUAAUGUCCAUGCAUUUAUUGAGAUUGUGAUGUGUUCAGACUGUGCGACCUAUACAUGGGUCGCACAGUUGGCCAAAACGAACAAAAGUCGAUUGUUUGAUUCAAAUGCAAUUUUUGGUUGUGCAAAUGCCAUUUAAUUGUAAGAUUUUCCAGUAUCAAAGCAUUUUAUACGUAACAAAUGCGUACUGUUGUGCAGCUUUCAGUAUUUUGUUAAUAGUUACAGAAUUAACAUAUCAUCAGUUAUAACUUUUAUUAAAAUGAUGCGUUAAUUUUGUUACUAUUAUAGAACGCACAUAUUUUAUUUUAUUAAGUAUCAUUUCUUCAUUAAGAUUGACUGAUUAUUUAUUUAUAAGUUAAAAAAGUAUCAUUUAAAUCAAAAUAAGUCCUCAUUUAAAGUAAAUCAUAAAAACGUAGUGAAUUACAUACUAUUAAGUUGCCAUUGAGAAAUAGGGUUUUUAGUAGCCAGAGUCAAAACACUUACUAAGCUGACAAUGCACAUGUAUUCUUACAAAAGUUUUUAUUUAUUUGUUAUUUAAUUGCUCGAGAGAUAUUUUUGCAGUGCGUUGUUAUAGUUAGUUGAAAUGUCUCUUGAGCACGUUUUUAUGUUUUUAACGUGACUUUCAAAGCAACAAUAAUGAUAAUAAUGGAAAUUUCUUAAUAUUGUACCAAUAGAAUUCAGUGCUGAAAACAUAUUGUACUAUAGGCAGAGAUUUGUUCUAAUAAUAGGAUGAGCUGAUUAUUAUUAUGUUGAGAUUGUUAAUAAUGAAGCAAAACUGUUUUUAAUUUUUUAUUUCUGUAUAAUGCAAGACCAAAAUGUAUUAGGCGAUUUUGUUGGUAGAAAUAGAUGAUUAUUAAAAAACUG